UCUCAUCCUCAAUAGUACCUUUCUGCUCAUAGCCCUCCGCGAUUCGCUCCCCCUCUUCUUGCUGUUCCUUCGUGAAGCGCACAUUGAAGACUUCGCAGGUCGCCGGAAAGACUUUGACAUCAUCCGACGUUGAUCGUGUCCACAAUGGGGCUCCUGCUCAUUGCUCCAGUAAUCAUGAUCCUCGUGGCGUGCGGUCAUCCCCUCAGAAAUGGUGGCAUGCUCGCGACGGCGUUGGAUGCCCAAGCUUCCCAAUUCGCUGCUGCGGCUGCAUCAUCCUCGUCGACUGUCGGAGCAGCUUCUUCAUCUGAUCUCAGCUUCUCGGGAAGGCUCUGGCAUAGGCGGACUUCCGCCGGAGUAGAGGAACCGGGGCCCAAUCAUUGGGACGGAAGCUUGGCGACCGUGGACGAGCAGGGAAAACUGCAUCUUACGAUCUUCAGGAACGCACAGGGAGGGUGGUCAUGCGCCGAGGUGUCAUCUCCCAUAAACGGCCUGCACGAGAACGUGCUGCUCGGGCUUUUCACCUACGCCGAUGACGCACAAAGCGAGCUGUCCAACCCCCAUCGCGAGUUCGACGUGGAGGUGGCCAAGUGGGGCGUUGCCAGCGACGCCACCAACACCCAGUACGCCGUCCAGCCGUACCAGCUGCCGGGCCAACGCCUCCGCUUCACGGUCGCCGGGCAGGACUCCGCGAUCUAUACAAUGACUUGGUCGCCCAGCUCUGUGUCCUGGACCAGCACCUCCGCCUCUUCGGGGGCGGUUCUCCAAACAUGGUCCUUCGAAAGCUCGCCAGAGGUGGGCGCCGUGCCAUCACCCGGCAGCGAGGUGUUCCACAUAAACCUCUGGCUGUUCGAAGCCAGCCUGCCUCAAGACCACGCGGAUGUGGAGGUUGUCAUCGACUCCUUCUCCUUCACACCUCUCAAGGCACCGGGUCGGAAGCUCUUAUCACUCCAACGGCUUCGCCGGCAUCGUGGCCAGCGCUCAGCAUCAUCACCGUGAUUCAGGAUCAUCUUGACGGGUUGAAACCGUUGAAUUGGAUAUUUAUUGCGCAUGUGUUCAUUUGAGGGCUGAUAAAAACAGUCCACUUUG